AUGUUAGAGAAAACGAUGGAAGGAAUUGACACUGUUAAAGUGAUAGAGGAAUUUGAAGCAUUGACUAAAGAUGCUGGAAGGGUUCAGAGAGAAACCCUGAAGAAGAUUUUGGAAGAGAAUGGAUCUGCUGAGUAUUUGCUGAAUUUGGGUCUUAAUGGAAGGACUGACCCUGAGGGUUUCAAGUCUUGUGUUCCACUUGUUACUCACAAAGACUUGGAAGCUUAUAUUCACAGAAUUGCUGAUGGUGAUCCUUCUCCUAUUCUCACUGGGAAACCCAUAGCAGACAUGUCUUUGAGUUCUGGUACUACUCAGGGGAAGAGAAAGUUUGUACCUUUCAAUGAUGAAUUGAUGGAAAACACAUUGCAGAUAUACAGAACUUCUUUUGCUUUCAGAAACAGAGAAUUCCCACUUGAGAGGGGAAAGUCAUUGCAAUUUGUCUACAGCAGCAAGCCAGGGAAAACAAAAGGGGGUUUAGGUGCAGGAACUGCCACAACAAAUCUCUUCCGCAAUUCGAAAUACAAAAGUGGAAUGAAGGCAAUUCAGUUCCAAUGCUGCAGCCCUGAUGAAGUAAUAUUUGGUCCUGAUUUCCAGCAGUCAUUAUACUGCCAUCUCUUAUGCGGGCUACUCGUUCGCGAAGAAAUUCAGUUUGUGUUCUCUACAUUUGCUCACAGUCUUGUCCUUGCAUUCCGGACCUUUGAACAAGUAUGGGAGGAACUCUGCAAUGAUAUACGUGAUGGUGAACUAAGCAGCCGAGUUACUGCCCCUUCCGUUAGAAUGGCAAUGUCAAAACUGCUUAAACCAAACCCUGAAUUGGCAGAUUUGAUAAAUAAAAAAUGCUCAGGAUUGAGUAAUUGGUAUGGAUUAAUACCCGAACUUUUCCCCAAUGCUAAGUACAUCUAUGGGAUUAUGACCGGGUCAAUGGAGCCUUAUUUGAAGAAAUUGAGGCACUAUGCAGGGCAGCUGCCAUUGAUGAGUGCUGAUUAUGGUUCUUCAGAAGGGUGGAUUGCAGCGAAUGUCAAUCCAAAUUUGCCUCCUGAGUUGGCUACUUUUGCCGUCCUUCCUAAUAUUGGAUAUUUUGAAUUCAUUCCCCUUAAAAAUGACUCUGAGUGCAUGUAUAUGGAGCCCGAGCCAGUGGGUCUGACUGAAGUCAAGAUUGGUGAGGAUUAUGAGAUCAUUGUCACCAAUUUUGCAGGUUUGUACAGGUACAGGCUAGGAGAUGUGGUGAGGGUAAUGGGCUUCCAUAACUCAACCCCAGAACUUAAAUUUGUGUGCAGGAGGAACCUUAUUCUUUCUAUAAACAUUGACAAGAACACUGAGAACGAUUUGCAGCUAUCUGUAGAAGAAGCUGGCAAACUGUUAGCUGAGGAAAAAGUUGAAGUAGUUGACUUCAGCAGCCUGGUUGAUGUAUCCACAGACCCUGGCCACUAUGUCAUCUUUUUGGAAAUUAGUGGUGAACCAAGCGAGGAGGUGUUAAAGGAAUGUUGCAAUUGCUUGGACCGGUCCUUUGUUGAUGCAGGCUACGUCAGUUCACGAAAGGUGAAAGCCAUUGGACCCCUUGAGCUCCGAGUUGUUCGGAGAGGAACCUUCCAGAAGAUUCUGGAGCAUUGCCUAGGAUUAGGGACUGUUGUUAGCCAGUUUAAAACGCCUCGUUGUGUUGGGCCCAUGAACAGCAAGGUGCAGCAAAUCCUAUGUAAUAACGUUGCUAAGACCUACUUUAGUACUGCUUUUGAGUGA